GCCUUGUCUUCAUCCAUGGCUGUAGUUAAAAAACCCAGCGACAGGGACAGGCCUUCAAAGGGCAAGAGAGUUACGCUACCUAAAGCAAAGUUCUUUCGGAAAAAGACACUGGAACUCAACCCAGCUGAUCCUCUAAAGCAAACUAUCAGUCGUAAUCCACAAAGAAGACCAAAGAGAGGGAGCGUUGAUAGUGUAUGUAAUACUUCUGAAGCUCAGUUUACUGCUUACCUACGUGCAAAAGAGGUUCAGGCUAACCUAUCUCCUGAAUAUCCAAGCCUUCUUAAGUGCAUGCUUCGGUCUCAUGUAACAGGGGGAUUUUGGCUAGGUCUUCCUAAAAAAUUCUGUCAGUUGCAUUUGCCUAAGGCUGAUACUAUUAUUGCUUUGGAAGAUGAAAAUGGGGAACUAUAUGAAACCAAAUAUCUUGCUCAAAAGGUGGGCCUAAGUGGUGGAUGGAGGGGGUUUUCCUUAGCUCAUAACUUACUCGAGAUGGAUGUUCUAAUAUUCCACUUGGUCCAGCCUUCCAAAUUUAAGGUGUACAUCAUAAGAUCUCAGGGGUCUGAUGAAAUGGAUGGUGCUCUUGGCCUUCUUAAGUUAGAUGACUGCAGAAAAGAAAAGGACGAAGUGGAUGGUGCUCUCGGUAAGUGUGACGCUACUCAAGGAAAUGACUCAAAUAAUAGCGGGAUGAUUUUUGGUGCUCACGUAUCUCAAUCUGAUCAGCUUGAAAAUACUAGUAAAGAUUUUUGCUCACAAGUUUGGGAUGGAAUUAGAUUUUCAGAAUCUGUUAUCAGUUUUGAAGAAGUUACUGGUAGCGAGAAAUUCAGCAUUGUGGUGAAUGGUUUGGUUAUUGAUUCAGAGCUCUCCAUGUACCUUCGGACCAAGUAUUACGAGCUCUGUUGCAGCCAGAGAUCGUUUCUUCAUGACCAUCUUCUUGGGGGUCUUAACUCUAAACUGGUGGCUGGAAUAAUUUCUGAGACUAUUAAUAUUGCUGAUGCCAUUAAAGCCACUAAGCUUACAACCUCUCCAGAGAGUUUUUUAACAUGGGACAAGACUCUGAAAGCCUUUGAGGCCAUGGGCAUGAAUGUCAGCUUCUUGCUUAUUCGGCUACACCAGCUUAUGAAACUAGCUUUGAAAUCAGAGAGGUACAAAGAGUCAAGACUUGAACGAGACCAUGCUAAAGUGGACUUGAAAGCUCUAGAGGAAAAACUUGUGCAAGUAAAACAGACAAUAAAUAGACUUGAUGAAGAGAUUGGCAUACAAGAUAUGAACCCUGAGAGCCUCGAAACUACGUUUCAAAAACUGGCUAGUGCUCCUUGGUGAUGUCCUUGUACAUUGCCGCUUUUCAGCUUCGGCUUUAUUUUUGGCCAAAGAAAUAGUUUGGGUGUACCGAGCUUUUGUGUAAAACUAACGUUGUUGUUUCGGUAAAACCUCACAAUCGUUUUGUUUCUUUCGUGAAUCUCCAGUGGCACGGC